AUGGGGGGCUUCUGGCCUUGGAUGCUGGGUCUGCUCUCUUUGCCAGGUUUGAUCCUAGGAGCACCCCCAGCCUCCAGCUGUCCAGGAGCCUGUGGGAGCAGCUUCUCAGAAGGCCUCACCCCUGAGGGGACCCAGACGUCUUGGGACAAGGACAUCCCUGCGAUUAAUCAAGAGCUCAUCCCUGAGGAAACCCCAGAGAGCAGCUUCCUCCUCGAGGGGGACAUCCUCCGGCCGAGUCCUUUCCGCCUGUCGUCGGCUACAAGCAACAAGUGGCCCCAAAUUGGGGGUGUGGUGGAGGUCCCCUUUCUGCUCUCUAAGAAGUACGAUGAGCCCAGCCGCAAGGUCAUCCUGCAGGCAUUUGCUGAGUUUGAACGCUUCACAUGCAUCAGGUUUGUUGCCUACCAUGGCCAGAGAGACUUCAUCUCCAUCAUCCCCGUGUCUGGGUGCUUCUCUGGCGUGGGGCGCAGUGGAGGGAUGCAGGUGGUAUCCUUGGCACCCACCUGUCUCCAGAAGGGCCCAGGCAUUGUUCUGCAUGAGCUCAUGCAUGUGCUGGGCUUCUGGCAUGAGCACUCACGGGCUGACCGGGACCGUUAUAUUCGUGUCAACUGGAAUGAGAUCCUCCCAGGCUUUGAAAUCAACUUCAUUAAAUCUCGGAGCAGCAACAUGCUGGUGCCCUAUGACUACACAUCUGUGAUGCACUAUGGGAGGCUUGCCUUCAGCCGGCGCGGGCUGCCCACCAUCAUGCCGCUCUGGGACCCCAGUGUCCACAUUGGCCAGCGAUGGAACCUGAGUGCCUCGGACAUCACACGGGUCCUCCGGCUUUAUGACUGCAGCCCAAGUGGCCCCAGCCCCCAGGGGAGAGAGUUCCAGGCCCAUGGCAUCGAUGGGAGCCCCCCUCCCGCCUCUGGACCACACCUGCAGCGGCUGCUGGAGGCAUUGCUGGCAGAGGCCAGGAACGCCAGCCCCAGCGACCCCAGGGCUGGAGAGAGCCCGCUGGAGUGGGAGCCCCCCGUCCUGGGCAAGUCUGGUGUGGAGGCCUCUGCAAGGUGGCCUGAAACCUCGGCUUCCUCCACAAGCUCACGGUCCGGUGCAGCUGCUCCUGGGGUGCCCCUGGAGGGGCCCCGGCAGGCCCACGCGUCCACUCUGCCCCUAGCGCUGUCUCAAGAAGACCAGCCAGCGCCUAUCCGGGCUGCUUGGGGGAAACCAGCUCUGGGGAACUUCAUGGGGACACCCAGAGGUCAGGCCUGUGGCUUCUGUCCCCAAGUGGGGCAGGCAUCUCCUGUCCAGAGCAGCUGGGCCAAGCGACCCUUGGCCUCUCUAGGCGACACUCCUGUCUUCCAGCCCCAGACUGACCUUCCUGUCUGAGGCCCAAGCCUCUCCCUCUGCCCCUUCCUUCCACACCAUGUUCCCCCGAGGGCUCCUGGGGACAGGUCUGUCAGGGGGAGGCAGGCCUGUUGGGGACGCCUGGCUCUGCCUGCUCUCGUGUCUCCCUCAGCCCUGGAGGAUGCUGGGACUGGAGGUGACAUUCUCUAGGGCCCUAAGGCCAGUGGGCUGAAGGGGCGAGGAAGAAGAUUCUAGCCUUCAAGGCUGUGGAAGCCCUUGUGGAGCUGAGGCCCAGCCCCCCAGCAUGGACUACCGGUACUGCCCCCCUCUCCCUCGGGCCAGGCCUGGAGGGGAGCCACGUGGCUGGGACCGUGGGAGCAGCUUCCUGUCUGCUGUCUGGGUGCUGGGAAUGCUGGCCUGCACCUCAGCCUCCGGCCUGCUCUCCGGAGGGUUUCAGAGCCCACCCCUCCCGCGCAGCGCAGGCAGCCUCCGGAGUCAGGGGUGUCACCCAGAGGGAGAUGAGGAAGAGGUUGGGGCCCUGCACAGUGGGAAGUCGGCCAGAACAUGAGGACCCUGAACACAGACUCGAAGCUCCUUUCCAGCCUGCGUUGCUGUUCCUGAAGCCUUGUCUCCCCAGAGGCCCUGAAAGGUGGCGAGGGGCGGGGCAAGUCACCCUGCUUGUCCUCCUGUCAGCCAAGCCCACUCCUCCUCAGCUCCUGGCCACCCUGGCGAGGGCUGUCUUGGAGCAGGCCAGGAGCCCCCUGGCGGCACUGUUCUGUGGCUCAGGGUGGGAGGAAACAAGAGCCCAUGCCCUGUCCCAGGAGGGCCAGG